AUGCACUUCCAGACCGCCGCCGCCUUGCUGGCGGCAGCUUCGAUUGCCCGGGCGGUUGACCCAGCAGCCCCGGAUGCCUGGGCAGCAGCGUACACGAAGGCGGAGGCUGCGCUGGGAAAGAUAUCCCUGCAAGACAAAGUCAACAUGGUCACCGGCGUUGGCUGGAACAAGGGACCUUGCGUCGGCAACACCAACCCCGUCGGCUCGAUCGGCUAUCCCCAGCUCUGUCUUCAAGACGGGCCCCUCGGUGUCCGCUUCGGCGGCAGCGUCACGGCGUUCACUCCUGGCAUCAUGGCCGCGUCCACCUGGGACCUCGACCUGAUACGCCAACGCGGCCAGUACAUGGGGGCCGAGGCCAAGGGGUGCGGCGUCCACGUUCUCCUCGGGCCCGUGGCCGGUCCGUUGGGGAAGGUCCCCGAGGGUGGACGUAACUGGGAAGGAUUCGGCCCCGACCCCUAUCUGACCGGGUUGGCCAUGGGGGCGACAAUCGAGGGCAUGCAAUCAAGCGGUGUCCAGGCAAGCGCCAAGCACUUCAUCGGCAACGAGCAGGAGUUGAAUCGCGAGACGAUGAGCUCCGACAUGGACGACCGGACGAUCCAUGAGCUGUACCUGUGGCCAUUUGUCGACGCGGUGCACUCCAACGCGGCGUCUGUCAUGUGCAGCUACAACAAGCUGAACGGCACGUGGGCCUGCGAGAACGACAAGAUCCUGAACAACCUCCUGAAAAAGGAGCUCGGCUUCCAGGGCUACGUUAUGACUGAUUGGAACGCCCAGCACUCGACCGUGGAGAGCGCAAACAACGGUCUGGACAUGACCAUGCCCGGAAGCGACUACGACGGGAAGACGAUCCUCUGGGGUCCUCAGCUCACCAACGCGGUGAACGGCGGCCAGAUCGCCCAGAGCAAGCUAGACGACAUGGUAAAGCGCAUCUUGGCUGCGUGGUAUCUCACAAACCAGGACUCGAACUUCCCCCAGAUCAACCUCAAGGCCAAUGUCCAGGGCAACCACAAGGACAACGUCCGCGCCGUCGCCCGCGACGGUAUCGUGUUGCUCAAGAACAACAACAACGUACUCCCGCUGAAGAAGCCGGGCAAGAUUGCCGUCAUCGGAUCGGCAGCGGUCAACAAUCCUAAAGGCAUCAACUCCUGCGUCGACCGCGGGUGCAACACCGGUGCUCUCGGCAUGGGCUGGGGCUCGGGCACUGCCGACUACCCCUAUUUCAUUGCUCCAUACGACGCCAUCAAGGCUCGGGCCCAGUCCGACGGGACGAGCGUGACCCUCAGCGACAACGACAACACCGGCUCGGUCUCCGGCGUCGCAUCUGAUGCCGAUGUCGCCCUUGUCUUCAUCACUGCCGAUGCGGGCGAAGGCUACAUCAUUGUCGAGACCAACAAUGGCGACCGAAACAACCUCGACCCCUGGCAUAACGGCAACCAGCUGGUGCAGGCCGUGGCGAACAUCAACAAGAACACCAUCGUCGUGGUGCACAGCGUCGGCCCCAUCAUCCUCGAGACCAUUCUCGCGCUUCCGAAUGUGCAGGCCGUCGUCUGGGCCGGGCUGCCGAGCCAGGAGAGCGGGAAUGCCCUCGUCGACGUCCUCUACGGCGACACCGCCCCGUCGGGAAAGCUGCCCUACACCAUCGCGAAGGCGCAGGGUGAUUAUGGCACCUCGGUCGUGCGGGGAACCGAUAACUUUAAGGAAGGCAUCUUCGUCGACUACCGACACUUUGACCAGGCGAAGAUAGAGCCACGAUUCGAGUUCGGCUUUGGACUUUCCUACACCAACUUCACCUACUCCGACAUCGACGUCACCUCGACGGCCAAGUCCGGCCCGGCCACAGGCGCCAUCAUCUCGGGCGGGCGCGCCGACCUCUUCGAGACGGUGGCGACAGUGACGGCCAAGAUCGCCAACUCGGGCGGCGUGGCGGGCGCCGAGGUGGCGCAGCUGUACCUGGGCCUGCCGUCGUCGGCGCCCGCGUCCCCCCCGCAGCAGCUCCGCAGCUUCGCCAAGCUGAAGCUCGCGGCCGGCGCGUCGGGCACCGCCACCUUCAACCUCCGCCGCAGGGACCUCAGCUACUGGGACACGGCGCGGCAGGAGUGGGUCGUCCCGUCGGGCACGUUCGCCGUCGGCGUCGGGUCCAGCUCGAGGGAUAUCAGGCUCAAGGGGGAGAUCACUGUGGCGUGAUUGAUAGGGGAAAGCAUUGACAGGGUUAGUUAGACGUGGAAGGAAGAGCGGGCGGCAUUGUUUGGAUCUUGCUCUAAGCAAUAUCGCCGUGAUACAUACCAUGACUUAAAGUACAUAGGUUGGAGCGUCUGGAUGUUGUCGAUUUGUACAUAUGGGCAUGGCAACUAUGAGGUUGAUAAUAUCCAAC